UAAUCAUAUUAGAUAUUGGAAGGGUGUUCUAACUAACAUUCGUAAACUUUGAGGGGUCAUUUUGAUAGAUAGUAAACAUUGACAAACAUCUUAAAGAUUGCCCCAAAAACGAAUGCCAUUUUGAUCUUUUAACAAUAAUAAUAUAAUUUGCAAAAAUAGAAUUUACGUGUAAUUUAAUAUUUUUGGAGGUUUAAUUAAUUUUUUAAUUAUCUAUGAAUACACGGAGGAGAGGAGUAGAGAUGUUUUCCCUCGCUCAAGCGGCUCACGAGGAAACCACGUGCCGAACCUAACGGUAACCUCUCCGUCACCUCCUUCACGCUCGCUGUCAUUUGAUUUGCUCGCUUUACUUCUUCAAAAAUCUCUUCCGCAAAUUCCGCUUCGUAAAUCCAACCCAUCCACUGCCGUCCUCCGUCUCUCUAUAUGAUCGAUCGAGCCCCUGCGAUCUCGUUCUUACUAACAAGAAAUCGAUCGAGACGAAGAUCGAAAUGUCGCCCAAUCCGUGCCGAAAGUAGUGAGACGGAGCUCGAGGAAGAAGGGGACGGGAGGGAAGAAAACCGAUGGCGGAGUCGGAUUGCAAAGCACAACUUGCGUCAGAGAUCUUCUCCGCCUCGAUCCUCUUUUCCUCCUGUGCUCACCGCGGCCGAUCGCGCAAUGCGCCGCCCUUCGUCGAUUGGUAUCUCAUUCUUAGGGUCGAUGAAGAGGCGGAAGCGGAUGUUAUAAAAAAGCAAUAUCGUCGACUGGCGUUACAGCUUCAUCCGGAUAAGAACAGGCACCCUAAGGCUGAAGCAGCUUUCAAGGUUGUGUCUGAGGCUUAUGAAUGCUUGUCGGACAAAACAACACGAAGAGUUUUCAACUCCGAAAGGCGAAAGUUCUUCUGCAGUGAAUGCCAUAGACAAAAGUUUCAACCCAGCCUCUCUAGGACUAUCAACAAUCACGAAAAUCCAAGUCCCGGGUUUCAAAAGCUGAGAAGAGCCCUGACAGCCCUCAAGGAAGCCAGAAAGAGAUUCCAAGAAGAGUGCAACGUGAUAGAGGCUUGCUUGAACUUGAACACCAACGCAACUUUUCAAGAUGCAUCACCAGUCUUUGAUCCAUCUCUUUACUUGCACCACACCAGCUAUCCACACAGCAGGAGAAUUUUCGAAUCAAGUGAUGGCCAGAAAAAUAUGAGAAAAACUAGAUGUGCGUCUCCAGUUUAUGAAAUCAGAACAGAUCAGAAAUCAAGCAGAAGAAAAAAUUGUAGUUUCGGAAUCUGAGUUGCAGAUAAAUUGUUUGAGAAGUAGCAUUCUUAAAAUUAUAUCCCAAGUUAAUUUCUGUUUAUACGAAGGUUUCAGGCUUCACAAUAAUCGAUUCAUUGUUUAGGUCCCCUACUCAUUUUGUUUCUUUAAUCAUGUUUUUUUUUAGUUUUGUCUCAAAUGUAAGACUGGUCAUUCUUUCCAGGUUUGCCUUGUCAAUGUAAGUUUUAAGCACAAUGUAAAUUGUUUGGUCAACUUGCUGAAUAUGACCUGAAGUUUUGUCUCUCAA